GCCAAUCCCAUUCGUGAUUCGCAUUUCGCCAUUUUGUUUUCGCUUUUUAGUGUGGGAUAAAGUACUCUGUUAUUUUAAAAUUUCUCAUGUGCUCUCUAAGAAUUUCGUGAUUAAAUCGUGCAUAAAUAUGUUAUAUUAUUUGUAGAAAGUGUUUAAAGUUAAAAUUUUAGGAUAUUUGUAGGAACUCGGUGCAAACAUGAGUGUCAUCAUAAGACUACAGAACCUACCUUGGUCGGCUAAUGCUCUUGACAUUAGGAAUUACUUCCGAGGCCUCUCUAUCCCGGAGGGCGGCGUUCACAUCGUAGGCGGCGAGCUUGGAGAUGCGUUCAUUGCGUUCAGUACGGACGAAGACGCGCGCCAAGCGAUGAUGUUGGACUGCGGCAAGAUCAAAGAGAUCCAGGUGAAGCUGCUGCUGAGCUCGCGCUCGGAGAUGCACAAGGUGAUCGAGGCGGCGCGCCAGAGCGUGCCCGUGCUGAGCCUCGCCCCCGCGCCCGCGCCCGCGCCCGCCCCGCUGCCGCUGCCCGUGGCCCCGCCCGCGCCCGCCGCGCCCCUGCUCACGUCCUUCUCCAGCGCGCUCGGCGCCGGCCCGCUCGCCGCCGGCUUCGGCAUCCCGGGCCUCGGCAACCCGCAGGAGAUCCCCCAGCCCGCCGUCAUCGAGCCGCCGGCGCCCUUGGUCAGUCCCCGAUCGAAAUCUCCCACCGAAGAAGAGAAUCUAGAGGACACGACUGAAAGAAAACGAAGCAAAGAGAAAGACAGGCGACGCUCCCGGUCGCGGUCGAGAUCCCGCGACAGAGAUCGCAAGGACAGAAAGAGAGAUCGCCGAGACAGAUCGCGGUCGAGGGAACGCCGGCGGCGCGACCGCAGUCGCAGCCGGGAGAGACGCGACCGCAAACGAGACAGGAAGGAUCGCAGCCGAUCGCGCGAGAGAUCGCCUCGGCGUUCGCGCGACAAACGCGGCGAACGCAAGUCGCCGCAGAACUCACAGGAGCGAUCUCUGGAUAACAAUGGGGACACCGCGCCUCCGGUGCCCCCGGCGGCCCCCUUCGUCGCGAAACCCAACGGACCUCGAAUGCCGAUUAUGAACAACCUCGCGCAGAACGGUCCGCCGGUGCAAAUAGAUCAAACGCAGCCGCGGUUCAACGACCCGACGCUCGCGGAGGCGUUCAACAAGUUGCAAGAGCUGGGUAAGAAACGCAAUCCGAACGCGUUCCAGGGGGAGCAACAGAACGGCACCGGGUUCCGCGGCGGUCGCGGGGGCGGCGGUGUCGGGGCCGGCGCCGUCAGCGCGCGCGUCGGAUCGUUCCGGCGCGAGGGGCGCCCGUCGCGGUUCGACGACCAGCCGAGAGACUGCUGCGUCGCCAUCAGGAACGCGCCGAACCACACCAGCUACGGCGACGUGCGACGCUUCUUCCCCGUCAUGAUCGACAAACACGGCAUCAAGAUGAUAAACGACAGCAUGGGACGUCGGACGGGAAACAUCUUCGUUCGAUUCUGCGACCCGCGCUCCAAGCAACUGGCGCUGCAGCGUAAAGCGAACGAGCUGAAAGGCGCGCAAGUGACGGUGGAGCCUCUGGACGACGACACGUACGAGGCCGCCGUGGACUCGUUCCUGCCCUACCGCAAGGACAACGACGAGGAGGACCCCAGUCUCGUCAUCGCCGACCCCGAGGAGCCGGCCGCCAAACCUUUCAACGUUCUGAAAUUAUCAGAAUUGCCCAACUUUAUACAAGAACACGAAAUCAUCAAAGCGUUCACCGAGUUCUCCCUCUUGUCGAUCGCGCUCAGCGACUGUCGAAUGACCCGCACCAAAACCGCUCUAGUGCAAUUCGUUAAGCCCGAAGACGCUAAAUUAGCUCUCAGUAGAAAAGAUAAUUAUCUUUUUGGAAGACGUCAAGCGGUGAUCACGCCGCUGACGGAGGAAGAGUACAAUAGAGAAAAGAGUUCUGAUUACGCGGAGCAGCCGCCUCUAGAACGAGCCUCGAAGGACCAGAUUCCAGAACCGGUCAUGCCGAGAGACCCGCGCCAACGGCGGCAGCAAAUGGACAGCAACCCGAUGAUGUCAGGCGGCGGAGCGAUGUCGGGCCCCGGACAAUUCUUCCCGUCCGCCGCUCCGUUCACACAAAACUUCGGAGCGCCGUUCCAAGGAGCUCAGUUCAGCGGGUACCCGGGCCCCGGCAACAUGGAGCCCCGGACCGCCGCCGCCAACUGGGCCAAUCGCAUGAACUUCCCUAAUCAAAUCGAUGCAGGGCCGAUGCAAGGAACGAUGCAAGGCGCGAUGCAAGCCCCGAUGAAGGCUCCGGUCGCGAACGCGCAGCAAGUCAUAACGGUCGACUUGGACGACGAGCCCCUGGACUGCGUCCUCAUGAAAGGCCUGCCGCGCGAAGCCACCGACAGGACCAUCGUGAACUUCCUGGCCGACACGGGCGCGGUGCCGGCGCGGAUACACCUCAUGCUGGACGCGAACGGUCUGCCGUCCGGCGACUGCUUCUGCGAGUUCCGCUCCUCGAAGGAGGCGCGCCAGGCCGCCGGCAAGCACGGCCGGACGCUGGACGGCUGCCGCGUCACCGUCGACCUCGUCAUGCGCAGCGUCGUGGAGGAAGCGCUGGAGGGGCCCAAAGGCAACGAGUCCAACCACGACGCGAUGCCCGUCGGCGGCGGGCCCCCGCAGUUCGGGAACGCGCCGCGCGGGGGGUUCGCGCCUCGCGGACAGUUCAGAGGCAGAGGCGGUUUCGACAGGGGCUUCGACCGGGGCGGCUUCGGGCGAGGCGGGUACGACUCCAGCCGCGGCAGGGGUCGGGGCAACUGGACGGAGCGCGGGAACGGACGGGGCUUCGACCGCGGGCGCGGCCGGGGCUUCUCCCGCGGGCGCGGAGGUUUCGGUUCGGACGGGCCGAUGCCGACGCGACAGGACGACGAGCAAGACCCCGCACUGGAGGACUUCGGCGCGCCGGGCUGCGUGGUGUCGAUGGAGAACGUACCGUUCCGCGCGACCGUCGACGACAUACUGAGCUACUUCGGGGACUUCGACCUGACGCAGGACGAUGUGAUCCGGCGCUACAACGAGCGCGGGCAGCCCACGGGAGACGCGCGCGUCGCGUUCAGAACGCCGUUCGACGCGCAGCGCGCCGUCAAGAUUCUCAAUAUGAACACGAUUUUCGAUCGUAGAAUCAGUCUUUCCAUUCUUUAGCAUAGUGACGUUGACUCUUCCGAAUCCGAGUCGGAGUGACAUGUGUAUAUAGACAUUGAGUGAAUAUAUUUUACCCACCGCGGUAUGAACGAACUUUGAUAUUAGAAGCGUGCGCGUAUCGAUCUAGUGAAGUAGCGCUUCAUAGUUAAGUAUAGGUACUUAUUAUAAAAAUUAGGUACAGAUUAGGUAUUAUAGAAUUAAAACACAUUUUUCCAUAAAUUAA